AUGCCACUAUGUUUAAAUCGAAUAUGAGGAAUAUACUCAUAUGGUACACUCUAUUGUAAGCACAGUGACAUAUGGUGACAUAUGAAAGUUAGAAUGUGGCCGGAGAGGAAAAUAUCCAAUCGAAAGCUUAGUUGUGACUUGAAUAUCUCAUUGAAUAUCUCAUAAAGGAGCGUUCAAUUUAUUGAUAAUGCUUCCCUCUCCUCCUAGCGCAUGACUGAAGUAGCACUACGUUUAAAUUGUAGUAUUUAAAUUUGAACUCUUUGGCAAAGUUGAUGGCUAAGAGAGUGCAUUGAUGCAAGUGACCUGAGCCGGUGAUAUUGUGUCUAAGUUGAUCGUUGCUCAUAAUCAAUUGAAAAGUGAAGUAAAUUAAAAAUUAGUAAUGACAACUGUUGACGAUGUUCGCGAUAUGUAUUGGUACUACUGCUGCGGGUGACGUACUCUCAGAUAUUAGCAAUCCCAGUUGCACACAAACGCACAUGAGAUUAUCCGGUUGCACCUGGAUUUCAAGUUGAAUUGUAGUGUUAAACACCCCGUCGUAUGUUUGGUGUGGAGACAGUAAUUAGAAGCAGAACUGUAUUGCCUUAACCUUCUCUGGCGACUAAUAGAUACUUGUUCUAAAGCAUUAGGAGUAUUAUAUUGUAAAAUGGCUUUAACUCAAGAUGAAUUAUUCAAGUUAGAUCUUUAUGAUAUUCUUGGAUUGGAAGUAAAAUGUACAUUACAAGAGGUUAAACGAGCUUUCAGGAAGAAAGCCUUAAAGUGUCAUCCAGAUAAAAAUCCAGAUGAUCCCAAUGCUGCUCAACUCUUCCAUCAAUUGUCGUGUGCAUUAGAAAUUCUUUCUGAUGAAUUAGCAAGGGCUGCAUAUGAUAAAGUCUUAAAUGCAAGGAAAGCUGCUCAGAUUCGUAAUCAACAAUUAGAUUCAAGAAGAAAGAAAUUGAAAGAAGACCUAGAGGAAAGAGAAAGGAAUGUGAGAAGUGAACCAGGCUCAAUCUUUAGGAAUGAGGAGCAAAAACUGAAGGAACAACUUAAAACUUUUGAUACCAACAAAUCAAAAUUUUAUGAAGAUAGUGAUGAUGAUGAUAUAGACAUUAUACGCUUAACUGUUCAAUGGAAAGCUGAAAAAGGAGAUGCUAGUAACGGGGGAUACAGCUACAGUGUUCUUUACAAUAUUUUGUCAGAAUAUGGUGAGAUUGCAGCUUUAGUUAUUUCCCCAAAGAAAAGAGGAAGAGCUAUUGUGGAAUUCAAGACACCUGAAGCUGUUAGUAAAGUUUUGAAGUCUUUAAUAGGACUACCCAACAAUCCUCUGAAAAUUGAAAUACUUGGCCUCCCAGAUUCUAUGAAAAAUGAUGCUUCGGCAUCUAGUGAGCAAAAGGAGAGCACAAAGAAAGACAGUGUGUUUCCAUCGUUUUCAUCAAUGAAUUAUCAGACAAAAUCAGAUAAUGUUUCUUCAAAAUUAUCUUUUGGAAAGAGUGCACCACUGACAAAUGACGAGAUGCUUGAAAAUGCUGUUCUUCAGAGGCUAAGAAACAUGGAACAAAUGAAGAGAGCAGCUGCUGAGAAUGCAGCUAGCAAAUGAACUGCAGUCAACAUCUAGUGUUUGUUCUGCGUAUUGUGUGCUUUGGACUCUUAGUACAAUUACAACUGUGCAUUAUAUAAAUAUAUUGUAAAUGUUAUUUAUAUCCACAUACACAAUGUUUCAUAUAAUUGUUUUAUAAAACGGUGUUUUAAUUGAUUACCAUUCUGGCCUGUUUCCUGUGGAAGCUAAUUUAAUAUUAAAACUAGUUUGAAAUGCCUUCUAUAUUGUUGUUAAUAGACACAUAAUCACACAUGUGACUUAAUCAAUUCAAUGGUGUUCAGGUGGAGAAAAAGUCAAAGUGAAUUUGUAUACAAAUGGAAAUUAAAUUUCAUGCCAACAUUGUAAAUUAGUCAGUAUUUAAAAAAUUAUAAACCAAUUCCAUUUUCACAAAAAAGCACUUGACUUACUUUACCCAAACAUCAUAGAAUAAUGUUUUAAAUGAUUACUGUUCAAAGAUUUGAAAAUAGUAGAUAGAUCCCUGU